UUUCCUCAUUUCUUCUCCGAAUUCAGAAACGGAAUUCAGAGUGUGCACCGCAACGACAGCGUUUCGAAGCUAUGGCGAAUCAAGGAGCGAAGAAGCGCAAAGAAGAAAACGCUCGACACAUGAAAACUCUACUCCGUCUCAUCAUCGCUUCCAAUGCGAUCUAUGUAGUGCUGAGGAUGGGAGUUUUCUACUCGAGUUUCACGUGGAAGCAUUGGUUAGGCUUGGUUUUGACUUCGCUGGCCUACGUGAUCCCCUACCAGCAGCUCGAUGCUAUGGCUAAACCUAGCUACACUGAAGGCGGCGACCUCCUUGACGGCGGAUUCGAUAUGAGCACCGGCGGAAUUUGCGGAUAUUUGCAUGAUGUGAUCUACAUUACUUGUUUCGUUCAACUUAGUUCCAUCAUCUCCGGGAAGUUCUGGUACAUAUACUUGGUGAUUCCAGGAUUUGCUGCGUAUAAACUAUUUGGCCUUGCGAGAGGGUUUAUGUCACAGGGUUCAGAGGGAGGUGAGGAAGACGAGAAGACAAAAAAGAAGAGAGAGAAAAUGGAGAAGAAGGCUGCAAGAGGCAAGUUUGUCAAGACCAGGACCCGAUGAUGUGGAUUUCUUCACACUGAAGUUUUGAGGAAUCAAUCAAUGGUGCCUAAUAUAUUCCAAUGUCGGGUUUAUGUUGUAUCAAUAUCUGAGAAAUGGUGUUACAACGGAUAUGAACAAGUUUUUCUCUCA